AUGUUCCGAGGACACCUGCAACGACACCUUCAGGGUCGCUACCACAAGUGGAGCAGCGCACACAAAACUGCGACAUUGCCUCCCCGUAACUUUGCACCAGUGCCUCCGGAAUUGAUGAUGGUCCGAAAAGGUACUUGCGACGGCCAGACAGAUAAUCCGAACAGCGACUUCAACGUCACCAUUCAGAACGUAGCGCGCAACACUCCAAACACAAGCAAUGUCACGAGUUGA